AUGUUCAAACGCACAUCCCAGACCCCAUCUUCUCCUUCUCCCACGCCCUCAUCAACAUCUACAUCCUCGGGUGCCUCGUCACAAACCACCUCAUGGCUCUCCAAACUGCGCCCCAAGAAGAUCCAAUUACUACCAGUGAACGCCCAAACAUCACCCUCGCGGACGCCCUCACCACCCCAACGGGGCUGGUUCGAGCGCGCAAACACCUCGACGACAUCGACGGCGUCGACGAGCAGUGAAGAGGAAGUGGCGAAGCAGGAGCAGGAGGAAGAGCUCACGCCGAUGGAGGAGUAUUCGCUAGUGCCGCGAUGGACGCGAGACGCGGCGAAGAAGAGGUCAAACUCCACCCCAUCCCACCAAUCAUAA